AUGGCCGCACGCAGACAGUCUUCCCGUGACCCGUCCUCAAUAUUUUUCGAUCCAACAAAGGCCUAUGAUCCUGUCUAUUCAGCUAUCAGGCUUGAGCAGGCAGCUUCUUUCAUUGAUAAAGCGAACAAUGCUACAGAGUCGCAGAUACAAAGAGUUCCACGGCAACCUAAAUUUUGCCUGGGAAUUGCCACCAUUGCGCGAAAGGGGGCCAGCUAUUUCCAAGCUACUGUAGGCACAUUCCUUGAGGGCCUGAGUGAGGAAGAAAGGGCAGACAUUCACUUGAUUCUAUUCAUCGCGCACACGGAUCCGUCACAACAUCCUGCGUAUGCAGAGCCGUGGUUGUACAAACUAGCGGAUGAAGUGUUGCUUUACAACGCCUCCGAAAUCGACAUUGAUCAUAUACGCUCUCUAGAAACAAAUGAGGCCAAAAUAGCAGGCCGUGAGAAGGCUCUCUUUGACUACACAUAUCUGUUAAACGCAUGUGCAAACAUCGACACGCCGUACGUCAUUAUGCUUGAAGAUGAUCUCGUUGCUUUAGAUGGCUGGUAUCAUCGCACUAAAGCUGCUUUGUCCUCUGCGGAAGAACAGACUCGAGAAAUGGGAGCGGCGAAUUGGCUAUACCUGCGCCUUUUUUACACCGAAGAAUAUUUUGGUUGGAACGGUGAAGAAUGGCUUACAUACCUUUUCUUUUCCAUCCUUGUCGUCUGCUUCGUGGCCUGCGUCCCCCUGGUCCUCCGACAAUUCAAUCACCAUGCCCGUUCCUUUCUACCGAAUAUGACAAUAAUUAUUUGGAGUGGUAUAUUCACACCAUUGUUGAUUGGGCUCUUUUUUGCCAUGGGCCGUGUGACGAUGCUCCCUCGAGCAAACGGCGUGCAUCAAAUGCCCAGAUUUGGAUGUUGUUCGCAAGCCUUUGUCUUCCCCCAGUCACGGAUACCGGAGCUUGUCGGGCUAUACACAUCCAAGCAUAUCGGAUACGUCGACGUGCUCACCGAGGAAUAUGCAAAUGCGAGAAAUGAGAUUCGCUGGGCAGUGACGCCAAGCAUUGUACAGCAUGUUGGGCGGAAGAGCUCUAAGGGUGUUGACAACGAUAUCUCAUCACACGUCAAAAUCAAGUCAAAGGCUGAGUUGACAGUUGUAGAGAAGCUUUGGAAUUUCGAGUUUGAGAUGAACGAUGCAGAAGCUUUGCGCGCGGAACAUGAUGCUGUGAAGCAGCGAGGGGGUUCGUAA